AUGAGGUGAUUGAAAAUACCAUGGCUUGGAUCAGAUGCACCUUAGUCCUCUGUUAUUAGUGUGACUGUAUAAUUGUCAAACUGUCUCUGUUAAAUGUCAGGACCAGAGCUGCAGACCCGGGCUAUAUUGGGGAAUCAAGGGUACAGUGGUUACCUUAUUGAGAAAAAGAUUCUACAUUACCACCACCACCAUCACCACCAGAUUGAAUGGUAUCCUAUAUUUCUCCUCUUCAGUCUUGACCAGUGGUGAAUUUCCUUUUCAAAUAGAAGAAUGGCAUUGGAGUUCAGACAGUUUACACUUCUUCUUUGGAAGAAUUUUAUUUUAAAAAAGCGACAGUGGAUUCUUCUAAUCAUGGAAUUUACAUUGGAACUGCUGUUCACUGUUAUUCUCUUGAUAGUUCGUAAUUCUGGUUCUGUAAAGCAUUUGAGUGCUCUCACGUUUGCCAAUCAGUCUGUCCAGAGUCUGCCGCCUUAUUUCCUUGAUGCCAGCAUACGAAGAGACUGGGAACUGGCUUAUAUCCCUUCCAACGUUGAAAUAGUGAAAGAUCUUAUUAAAAUGGUACAACAGACUUCAUUAAAUAAUUUUACAAUUCAUGGCUUUACUUCAGAGGAAGCUUUUGAAGAAUACAUUAAACAUAAUCAUAGCUCUGAUCGGGUAAUGGCUGCUGUCGUUUUUAACCAUGACUUUGCAAUCAGCAAGGACUUGCCACUUCAGGUUAGCUACAACCUGCGUUUCAGGUAUUCUUUAAGAAACACCCCUCCAGCUGCAAGGCUUUUGGUGAUUCCAAAGGAGGAUUAUGGCUGGAACACAGGUCAUCUCUUUCCAAUUUACCCAUCAUCAGGACCCAGGAACCCUCUGGAGGAUGAUGGGGGAGCUCCUGGAUAUAUCAGAGAAGGAUUCUUGGCUCUGCAAAAUGCUGUGGACAAAGCCAUCAUACACUACCAUGCGAAUGACAGUGCACAAAGGCUUUUUAAUAGCAUCGAUGUUUAUACAAAAAGAUUUCCAUUUCCGGCCUUCCUUAUUGACAACUUUCUCAUAUUCCUUGGUCAGAUAUGGCCCCCAAUGAUCUUACUUAUCUUCUCUUUAACUGUAUUCACAAUUCUCCGUACCGUUGUGCAGGAAAAGGAAACAAAAUUGAAGGAGUACCUUCUAAUGAUGGGACUAAGAAGCUGGCAGCUCUGGAGUGCCACUUUUAUUACAUUCUUCUUGACUCUUUUGGUUACCAUCAGUUUGAUGACUGUGUCCCUGUUCAUUAAGAUUGUAAAAUUGCCGAUCAUCCGCUAUAGUGACCCAGCGUUGGUGUUUUCCUUUCUGUUGUUUUAUGGCAUCACUACUGUCCUCUUUGCCUUCAUGCUCACCACAUUCUUCAAUAAAGCAAACAUGGCUAUUGCCGUUGGAGGUUUCAUCUACUUUGUAUCCUAUCUCCCAUAUUUUGUCAUCAGUCCUCACUAUGUUGGGAUGCCUUUUCGUGGGAAGCUGUUUUCCUGUCUUUUAUCAAAUGUUGCCAUGACAUUUGGGAUCAAUCUUCUAAUUAAACUUGAAAGUAUAGAGGUAGGAGUUCAGUGGCGAAACCUCAAAAAGUCAUUCAGCCUUAUAGAUGACUUUGCUUUUGGCCAUGUGAUGGUGAUGCUGUUGGUUGAUGCCUUUUUAUAUACUAUAGUAAUCUGGUAUAUGGAGGCUGUUUUUCCGGGAGAUUAUGGUGUGCCUCACCCUUGGUACUUUUUUGGCAAGUCUUCCUACUGGGAUGAGCAUACACAAUCCAUUUUGACUAGGAGAAAGAAACACUUAGGUGUUAAGAAGCAUGAUGAUGAAUUCUUUGAACCUGAACCUGAAAACUUAGUGGCUAGUGUCCAAAUCAAAAAUCUUUCCAAGGUAUUUAAGGUGGGGAGUACUUACAAAGAAGCAGUGAGAGACCUGACUCUGAACCUGUAUGAGGGGCAAAUCACUGCUCUUCUAGGACAUAAUGGAGCAGGGAAGACCACUAUCUUGUCUCUGCUCUCGGGUCUCUUUCCCCCAACAAGUGGAAAAGCAUAUAUUUGUGGAUUUGAUAUCUCAAAAGACAUGUUUCAUAUCCGGAAGAGCCUGGGUCUGUGCCCCCAGAAUGAUCUUCUGUUUGAUUAUUUAACAGUAUCUGAACACCUUUACUUCUUUGCUAGGCUAAAAGGAUUGCCUCGGGAUUUGUGUCAAAGCGAAAUUAAUAAUAUAUUGAAUGUGUUUAAAUUGCAAGAUAAACGACAUUCAUUUUCUAACUCACUGAGCGGAGGAAUGAAACGCAAGCUUUCCAUCAGUAUUGCACUUGUAGGGAAUUCUAAGGUGGUGAUGCUGGAUGAUCCAACCUCUGGCAUGGACCUUAUCUCAAGGAGAGCCACCUGGGAUCUCCUUCAGCAGCAAAAACACGGCCGCACCAUCCUACUCACCACUCAUUAUAUGGAUGAAGUGGACCUUCUGGGUGAUCGUAUCGCCAUCAUGGCCAAGGGGAACUUGCAGUGCUGUGGCUCUUCACUGUUCCUCAAACAAAAAUACGGUACAGGAUACCAUAUGGUCAUGGUGAAAGAACCUCAGUGUAAAGCAACAGAAGUUGCCAGUCUUAUAUAUAAUUAUGUACCAGAUGCUAUUUUGGAGAGCAAUGUUGGAGCUGAGUUAUCUUUUAUCCUACCCAAAAAGUGUGCAAAUAGGUUUGAAGAUUUAUUUAGAGAACUGGAAAAUCAUCAAGUGAGCCUGGGUAUUGCCAGCUAUGCUGUCUCUGUCACCACCAUGGAAGAAGUCUUCCUUAGGGUCAACAAAUUGACGGACUCUACCACGGAUCUCCAGGCCACUCAGCUCCCCUCUGAGCAUGAUCCUAAAGGAAUUCAACCGUGCCUCGCAACUCUGGAUGAUAAGCCAAAGGGUGACUUCUUGAUGCCAGAAGAUCUACCUAACAUUCGUUUUAAUACUGGGAUUAUUCUUUGCAUCCAGCAGUUCUAUGCCUUGCUGAUGAAAAGGGCCUUGUAUACUUUUCGUCACUGGAAGACAAUGUUAUUGCAGAUUUUGAUACUACUGUUUUUCACUGCCUUCCUCCUGAAAGCCAUCUUCUACUAUUCAGAAGUAAAGGAUGCCCCCAUUCUGGGGAUGGAUUUGCACCAAUAUGGUCAAUCUGUUGUGCCUUACACUAUGUCUGUGCAAACUGAGUUGACUCUUCGGUUUACAGACCACAUAAAACUUAUACUAACGAAUGAGAAACAACUGCCACACCCAGUGACAGGUAAUUUAGAAGAGUUCCUGUUGAAAAGUAAAAGCUGUAGGGAACGAUGUAUUGUUGCUAUUUCCCUUGAUGUCCAAAAAAGCAAAACCAUCAUCACUGCUCUGUUUAACAACCAUGCAUACCAUGCUGCUCCAGUUGCCCUAAGUUUGGUCAACAACGUUCUGUUCAAGUUACUUGCUGGCCCCGGCGCUUCUAUCUCUGUCUCUAACAAGCCUCAGCCUCAAACUGCCAAACAAGCAAGAAAGCAAGAAUUCCAUGAGGGCAGCAAAGGACAUGACGUUGCCUUCAGUUUGUUCUUUGGCACAGCCAUCGUGGCUAGUAGUUUUUCUCUCCUGACGACAUUAAAUAUGAGGAAAACUAUUAUGGAUUCGAAGGUCAUGGGAUUGGAAAAUGAUUAUGCCAAAUUAAAUUCCAAAUGGAUCAGUGAUUUAAACCUAAAAGAUGAAACUGUACAGGUCAGUGACGGGUCGUCAUUAGUACCUUAUGACUAUGAUGUGACGGAUGAACAAGACAAAGUCCUGGAGUGUCCCCCAGGGAACCUAUCAUCCUUGAACAGUCCUCUGAUCCUUAAAGAACUCUUGAAGAUACAUUUUCAGUGGGUGCCUGUUGUGGCAGUAAAUAGGCUCACCUUUGCGGUUCAGAAAGGAGAGUGCUUUGGGCUGCUAGGCUUCAAUGGAGCUGGGACAAGCAGCAUCUUCAAAAUGUUGACUGGAGAUGAGACCAUCACUUCCGGGGAGGUUGUAUUUGAUAACAAAAAUAUCAGCAAAAGCAUAGAAAAGGGAGCAAAUCUUUAUAAAAUGAAGAGAGACUCUAAGUCCUCUAUCUCUCAAAUGUCCCUCAAUAUACUUUCAGUCCAACCUCCUACCUUGGGUCCUUUACUCCCAGAUGCUUUCUUGUUUCAGAUUCAUCAACAAAUCAGCUACUGCCCCCAAUAUGACCCUUUGCUGGAACACUUGACAGGGUAUGAGAUGCUGGCCUUGCAUGCCCGUCUGUGGGGAGUUCCUGAACACUAUAUUCCUGCUUACGUUAAAAACAUUUUAAGUGCACUCUUCCUGGGUGCCUUUGCAGAUAAACUCAUCAAGAACUUCAGUAGUGGCACCAGACGUAAGCUUAGCACAGGUAUUGCCCUGCUGGGAAGGCCUGACAUCAUCUUCCUGGAUAAGCCAUCCUCCGGCAUGGAUCCUGUGGCCCGACGCCUCCUCUGGGACAUUGUCUCACGGAUCCGUGAGUCCAGCAAGGCCGUUGUCAUAAUCUCCCAUAGUAUGGAAGAAUGUGAGGCUUUGUGUACAAGACUGGCUGUUAUGGAAAAUGGGAAGUUCAAGUGCCUCGGCAGUCCACAGUAUCUCAAGAACAAGUUUGGAAGUGGAUUCACGCUACUGGCCAAAGUCAAGAGGAAUAAAUCCCUGAUAGAACUGCAAGCGCUAAAGACGUUCAUUAAAACAACCUUUCCAGACAGUUCCCUAAAGCAUGAGUACCAAAGGAUUGUCCAUUACCACAUACCCAGCAAGGACUUUACCUGGAGUCAGGUAUUUGGUAUCUUGGAGUCAAUCAAAGAUGAAUAUGGAUUAGAAGAUUAUUCCAUUAGUCAUAACACACUGGAGCAAGUCUUCCUGAGCUUUGCCCAAACACAGAUUCAAAAAGAACAAAAUUAUAAAGAUAAUUGAAGAGUGGUUCCAACCAACAUCCCUCACCUCCUCACCAGCCUUCU